AUGUCUAACAAUACUACUCAAUCUCUUCUUACAACACCUCUUGAACUUAUCUAUUGUCUUCUGAAGAAUAUCAAUCAAAUUACAGCUUCCUUUUCAACUCGAGAUGUCCGUAUACAACCUGAUACGACUACAGACAACUAUUCUGAUUUUCAGACACUUACGACCCUCAAUCUUGGAGGAAACAAUAUUGGUGUUAAAGGAAUAAAAUAUUUGCUAAUUGCAUUAGAAAAUAACACAACACUCACUACAUUGGAUCUUCAAAACAAUAAAAUAGGUGAUGAAGGAAUACAAUAUCUAACGAAUCUAUUACAAGAUAAUACUAUACUUAUCACACUUAAUCUCGGAGGAAAUGAGAUUGGUGAUGAAGGAACAAAAUAUCUGGCAAACACACUACAAAAUAAUGCAACACUUAAGACACUCGAUCUUCAAAAUAAUAAAAUCAAAGACGAAGGAAUACAAUCUUUAGCAUGUGCAUUAGAAAAUAAUACGACACUCACCAUACUUAAUCUUGGAAGAAAUCAAAUUAAUAUUGAUGGAAUACAACAUUUAGCAAAUACAAUAGAAAAUAAUACGACACUCACUGAACUAAAUAUUGAAGGCAAUGGAAUAGGCAAUGAAGCAUUACAAUAUCUAGCAUAUGCAUUAGAAAAUAACACAACAUUGAUAAAAUUGAAUCUUGGACGAAAUGAUAUCGGUGUAGAAGGAAUACAGUUUAUUGCGAAUGCAUUAGAAAAUAAUACAACACUUACUACACUCAAUCUAGGUGGCAAUGUACUCGGCAAUGAUGGCAUAGAAUUAUUGACAACUGCAUUACAAUAUAAUAAUACACUCACUACAUUGCAUCUAGGAUGGAAUAGUAUUAGUGUAGAAGGAGCACAAUAUCUAGGAAAUGUAUUAAAUAAUAAUUCAAUACUUGUUCAAUUGGAUCUUCAAAGUAAUGAAAUCUAUGAUGAUGGAAUACAAUAUAUAGCGGAUGCUUUACAAAAUAAUAUUACACUCAAAACGUUGAAUCUUACACGAAAUAAUAUUAGCGACAAAGGUGCACAUGAUUUAGCCAGUGCUUUAGAAAAUAAUACAACUCUCACUAAUCUACAUCUUGCAUUGAAUCAUAUCACUGAUGAAGGAGCACAAUCUCUAGCUAAUUUAUUGGAAAAUAACAGAACACUCACUAUAGUGGAUCUUGCAUUUAAUGAAAUUUGUGUCGAAGGAAUAAAAUAUUUAGCAAAUGCAUUACAAAAAAAUUUAGUACUUAUCACAUUAGAUCUUCGAUAUAAUCGACUCGAUGUCAAUGAUAGAUCAAUACUCAGUGGACUAUAUGAAUGUAAUGAAACUGGAAAUAUACUCAUGUUAUAG